CGUAAGACGCAGCGGGAUUCGAAAUCUCGCUAGCGGAGUGAGAUCGUACGCGAAGCGAGAAAGGGGAGGGUUGGAUGGAUCAUUUGGUACGCAUGUUGGGAAGAAGAACUCCGAAGAUGGGUGGUUAUAAGAUGCUUCGUGUGCAGGUAAAUUGAUGAAAGUAUCGUAACGAUUGUUUCUUCUUUCAAACAUCGCAAAAAAUAAAUUCGGAUUCAACAUGCCAGCAUCAGGAUCUCUCAGGGGCGUGACGAAGGAGCCAGGCUUCGACACUCUCCAACUACACGCAGGACAAGAACCCGACCCCGUGAACGGCUCGCGCGCAGUCCCGCUGUUCCAAACAUGCUCGUAUAAUUUCAUGGAUGCGGCGGACGGAGCGAGUAAGUUUGCGUGGCAGAAAGAUGGAUAUGUGUAUACGCGGAUGGGGAACCCAACGAUUUCGGUCUUGGAGCAGAGAAUGACGAUGCUGGAGGGAGGGGUGGGUGCCGUUGCUACGGCGUCGGGACAUGCUGCUCAGUUCAUGGCUCUUACUUCUAUCAUGGAGCCUGGGGAUAACUUUGUCAGUACUAGCUGGCUGUAUGGAGGAACUUACAACCAAUUCCGCGUAUACCUCAAGAAAUUCAACAUCCACGUCAAGUGGGUAGAAGGGCAGGACCCCAAAGCAGUCGCAGCCGCCAUCGACGACAGAACCCGAGCAGUCUACCUCGAGACAAUCGGCAACCCCAAACACAACGUCCCAGACAUCGCCGCCAUCGCAAAAGUGGCCCACGAUGCCGGCAUCCCACUCAUCGUCGAUAACACAUUCGGGAUGGGCGGUUAUGUCCAACAGCCAUUUAAGCUCGGAGCCGAUAUCAUCACCCACUCGGUCACCAAAUGGAUCGGCGGCCACGGCACCAGCAUGGGCGGCAUCGUCAUCGACGGAGGGAAAUUCGACUGGUCCAAGAGCGGCAAGUUCCCUGGCUUCACGGAAGAAGCAGACGGGUACCACGGGAUGAAGUUCUGGGACGCGUACGGAUACAAAGCCUUAGCUGCUAAACUGCGGAUGGAUGCCAUGAGAGACCUGGGACCUUGCAUGAGCCCUUUCAAUGCGUGGCUUUUCCUGAUGGGACUUGAGACACUGAGUUUGCGGGGAGCGAGACACUGCGAGAAUGCGCUUGCGUUCGCGGAGUGGCUGGAGGCUCAUCCGUUGGUCAAGUGGGUGUUGUAUCCUGGAUUGAAAUCGCACCCUGAUCACGAGUAUGCGACGAAGAACUUGAAGAAUGGAUAUGGAGGCGUCUUGACAUUUGGAGUUGAUGGAAAUAUUGAGGAGGUCAGCGCAGUGGUUGAUAAUUUGAAGCUCUGCAGCCACUUGGCUAAUGUCGGAGAUGCAAAAACUUUAAUUAUUCAUCCUUGGAGAACGACGCAUCAGCAAUUGCCAGACGAAGAGAAGGUCCAAGCAGGAGUGACGCCAGAUCUGAUCAGAGUCAGUCUUGGGUUGGAGAAUAUCGAGGAUAUCAUCCAUGACUUCCAGCAGGCAUUUGAUGGUGCGGGGUUGAAGCCACUGAAGACCUUGCCUGUGACGAAUGGCACCAAGACAUCGUAAGCCAGCGUGGGUAAUAUAUCGAAAUGGCGUUUAUUGUGAUAUUCUUUUCCGCUAUUGAUGAUGCGUGUAAAAGAGAAUACAUAGACAAUCGACG